AUGUCGGGGAACUGGCCAGCUCGCUCUACUGAUAAUGAUAUAAGGACCCCCAAACCUACGAGCAGACGGCCAUCCCAACCUGAACAAGACCCGAUUGACCGGCGACUGAAGCGUCUCCGAGAAGAGGUCCUCCCCCUUUACCCUUUCCUCCUCACCGUUCCCACCGAUGUGCCUUUUCGCCUUGGAAACCGAUUCGUGAAUAAUUGGGCAGUGAGUAAUGACGGGCCAUUUGCUCCCGAGGAACAACAACUUCAGUAUAUGACAUUUUUGACUCACGAAGAAGGCGAUUCUCUACUGGUAGCCGUGGGCGACUGGUCCGACGGGACAGGGAGCGUCAUGGCCGAUCCGCGCUCGCGACCGCAGAGUGCUGCGAGCACGCCGUCCAGCAAUUCAAUCAAGAAAAAAAUUAGCCUAAACGACUAUAAGAAUAAGAGGAAAAACGGUGCCCCGACCUCUCCUUUGAGCCAGGAAACUGUCGGCCAAAGCGGCUCUACCACCCAUAACUCCCACGACAAUCAACGCAUCUCCAAGCCUAGUUCGAUGAACGACAGCCAUCACAAACUCCCGCAAAAAGCCCUUUCUCCCAAUUUCUCAGCCCAAUCGGAUUCCGAGCAUGUAGACCGCAAACGGCCUCCUGACCGAGACCAUGAUCGUUACGGCCAGCAGGGUAAAGAUGGAACUAUGUCAAAGAAACGAAGAAUAUCACCUGAACGCGCAACGAAUUCUCAUAAAGCCGAAUCCUCUCAUGUUAACGGUCUCCCUGCCCUUUUAUCUCCUACCCUUCCCCCGACUUCAAACGCACCUCGAUUGCCUCGACUGUUGUCUCCGACUCUCCCACCGGACCUUGAGAAGGAAUUGGCUAGACUGGGUGGUGAGCCGGCGGUGACGGACUCUCGACCGGAUAUUGCUGUAAAUAGUGACAUCUUAAAGUCGAAAGCACAGAAACCCAAGGCACCUGCCCGCGGAGCGCCGCAAAUCGAACGAAGCCCCCCAGCAGGUCCUCCGCAACCGCAAAGUAAAUCGUCGGGAUCGGGAUCGGGGUCGGAUAAGAACGCGUCAACUGGAUUGGAAACUUCGAAGUCUGCAUCGCAUCCAACUUCAAAACAUGAUCUGCAAUCUCACCCAAAUGGCAGGCCACCGCUACCCUCCAGUUCAAAAAAUUCUCACCCUCCUAUAUCAUCAAAGCAGCACCUAAUUGUGAAACUGAAGUAUGGACGGUCAAAUCGAAAGCGUGUUGAGGGCCUCCUCAAGUUUUCUGGCAAGAAGAAACAUGCACACCAAGGCUCCCCGAUGAGAGACACAGUUGACCACGAACCGUCUCAUGCUACAAAAUCUGAGCAGUCGAAAAAUUCAGCAUCUGAUCACCCCAGCAAGAUGAUUCGCUCAGAGAGAAAGGUCAAGCAUGGGGCGAACAGCCAUGUUAACCAUCAAUCGUCAAAAGAUCGCUCGAAAGAGCCAAGAAUACCUAGCUCGGAAAAGCCUCAGACUCCUGUUCCAACCCACACGCAAGAAACGACGAGAUCUAUCUCGAUCACACCAGCAAAGGACCUCAAGCAUUAUUCUUCGCGGUCUGAACCAGCCAACCAUGAUAGAAAAGAGCAUUCUCAACCAGGUGUCCGCAGUACACCUGGAGAGUCAGCCUCUGGCGCUGCUGUUACUUCUACUAAACAAUCCCCGCCCCAGUCGAACAGCGCAGAAAGAAGUGGAGAGCGUCGAGCUUGGAAGGAAGAGUACCAGAAGUACGGAAACCUAGGUAGAGACUUGAAGCAUGCUGCGGAACGGCACACAGCGAGAGACAACGUGACGAGCGUCGACGAGAAACUUGCCGCUGCAACCGCAAUCGAAGCUAUUAUCUGUUUUAUUCUCGCAUUCAUUGCUGAUGACCAGUCUAAGGCGUUAUCCCGUCAGGUCGGUGAUUCGACCACAUGGCUAUCCAUCAUUGCAUACUGGCGUGUCGUCAAGAAACAUAGCUUUCAUUACCCCACGCUCUACAGUCUUUGCCUGAUUCUCGGCGCUGUCUCUUAUGAUACUAUCCAUGCCCACGAUCUCGAGCGCCUUGCUGUCACACCCUUACCUGGGGAACAUACCCCGGUUCCCACUCCCGGGAGUGACGGUCAUUCCGUCAUGUCAGACGAGAGCAAAAGAAGCCUGAAGGAUUUUGUCGAGCUCAAAACUCGACUUCCAGAGUUCUACAGAGAAUCACAAAAGUUGUGGUCUGAAGGGUCCCGUGCCUUCUCGGAAGAUACCCUCUCACGCGAGUUUCCUCAUACCUGGUCGAAGCGCGCGAGGAGUUACUCCGAGCAAGGCAGGAAGCGCUUCAAGCCAGGGAAUUAUUCCGGCGAAAUUUACCUGCCGAUUGGAAAGACGAGCACACCCCUCGAAAUCAUCCGCUUCAGCCACGCCAUUCUGAGAGAGUGGUGCUCGAAAGAAGGUAUAGAUUGGACAGGGAGACUUGAUUUAUAA